ACUCUCUUUUCCGACUUUUACAAAGUUAGAUGUGAUAUCGAUUAUAAAAAUGAUACCUCAAAUUAUUAGAGAUCACCCAUAUCUGGUAGGAACAACGGUUCUUACCACAGUAGGAGGCAUUUAUUUUUAUUGCACCAAAACGAAGAGUGAGGAUGUAGUAAAGCAAAAAGAUCUUGCAACAAGCGGCGAUGCCGCAUAUUUGUUGCCAGAGAAUGCAUCGAAUUGCAGGGCUCUCAUACCUUAUCACGAAACUGGACCCCAUUUCUGGGAGCGCUUUCGUCCGCCGUACCGAGGACGUGGAUAUCCCGCACUGUACCCAAGGAUCCCCCCAUCGAUGUUCAGCACAAACACACGGGUGGUGCCAAUUCGAUUUGUUCCAUCGGGUCCAGCCCCACAAGCACCGGUUACAGCGCUCGUCUUGUACGAUCCUCCGAAGGCUGCCUUUCCACAAUGGGUCACGUUCUACAUCGUCUCGGCCGCAGCCCUCGCAGUGAUGAUUUACAUCACAAUCAACUUCAUGGUGAACCUCCACAGCCAGCGAACGAUGAAAACAAAAUCCCUUACGCGUCAGACAGGACGCUUUAACAACAUCGCCAAGCGUGCUAGCCUUCCAAAGUGGGAGAAGGCGGCUCUUCGACAGAUGCAGCUGGCAUUUAGGGAUGAUGUGACAGACAUAAUGCCUUCAGAUAUCUUCACCAAAGUGGAAAGUAUUGAGACCAUCGUCAGCAUUCCUCAGCAAAAUUGUGAUACUCGUCUCAUGCAGAUUGAGGUCUCCUACCUACCCUCCAGCCCACUAAAGAAGAUAACCAUCACUGCUAAAUCAUCUACGGUCGCUAAGCCGUUGUUGGCACCAGGACACGACAUCAGCCAAAUGCAAGCAGGUCAACUACCAAGGUUUGACGCAGUCGCCCUAUUUGGGAUCCCGGAUACCAGCUCGAAGCUGGGACUGCUUGCCGAGUCUGCGGCCCUUCAAGGGCGUCCAAGCUCUAUGCGGCUGUUAGUUGAAAAGCAUUGUGCUACGCUCCUUAAACCAGUGUACGUACACGCCGAGCCCCUUCCGACUCUGACCAAGACUAAUUUUAUUGGACCAGCACUACCGCCUCCAAUGAAAAAAGUGAAGAAGGAACGGGAUUCACCGGUUAAGCUGGAGGUCAAUCUGAUGACCCGAGAAGAGCAGAUUCAAGUUGAGGAGAAGAACUUCACUCACAAUUCUGCAGAUCUCUUAUUGACUUCAGGAGAGAAGGAAGCUGCACAGCAUCAGCCAAGCGUAAUGCAGUAUGAAAAGUCAGGACACUUCGCCAAGAUUGCCCUGCGUGCUAGCCUUCCAAAAUGGGAGAGGACGGCUCUUCGACAGAUGCAGCUGGCAUUUAGGGAUGAUGUGACAGACAUAAUGCCUUCAGAUAUCUUCACCAAAGUGGAAAGUAUUGAGACCAUCGUCAGCAUCCCUCAGCAAAAUUGUAAUACUCGUCUCAUGCAGAUCGAGGUCUCCUACCUACCCUCCAGCCCACUAAAGAAGAUAACCAUCAGUGCUAAAUCAUCUACGGUCGCAAAGCCGUUGUUGGCCCCAGGACACGACAUCAGCCAAAUGCAAGCAGGUCAACUAAGGUUUGACGCAUUCGCCCUAUUUGGGAUCCGGGAUACCAGCUCGAAGCUGGGACUCCUUGCUGAGUCUGCGGCCCUUCAAGGGCGUCCGAGCUCUAUGCGGCUGUUAGUUGAGAGGCAUUGUGCUAAGCUCCUUAAACCAGUGUACGUACACGCCGAGUCCCUUCCGACUCUAACCAAGACUAAUUUUAUUGGACCAGCACUACCGCCUCCAAUAGAAAAAGUGAAGAAGGAACGGGCUUCACCGGUUAAGUUGGAGGUCAAUCUGAUGACCCGAGAAGAGCAGGUUCAUGUUGAGGAGAAGACCUCCACUCACAAUUCUGCAGAUCUCGUAUUGACUUCAGGAGAGAAGGAAGCUGCACAGCAUCAGCCAAGCGUAAUGCAGUAUGAAAAGACAGGACACUUCGCCAAAAUUGCCCUGCGUGCUAGCCUUCCUAAGUGGGAGAAGGCGGUUCUUCAACAGAUGCAGCUGGCAUUUAGGGAUGAUGUGGCAGACAUAAUGCCUUCAGAUAUCUUCAGCAAAGUGGAAAGUAUUGAGACCAUCGUCAGCAUCCCUCAGCAAAAUUGUGAUACUCGUCUCAUGCAGAUUGAGGUCUCCUACCUACCCUCCAGCCCACUAAAGAAGAUAACAAUCACUGCUAAAUCAUCUACGGUCGCUAAGCCGUUGUUGGCACCAGGACACGACAUCAGCCAAAUGCAAGCAGGUCAACUACCAAGGUUUGACGCAGUCGCCCUAUUUGGGAUCCCGGAUACCAGCUCGAAGCUGGGACUCCUUGCUGAGUCUGCGGCCCUUCAAGGGCGUCCGAGCUCUAUGCGGCUGUUAGUUGAAAAGCAUUGUGCUAAGCUCCUUAAACCAGUGUACGUACACGCCGAGUCCCUUCCGACUCUGACCAAGACUAAUUUUAUUGGACCAGCACUACCGCCUCCAAUAGAAAAAGUGAAGAAGGAACAGGCUUCACUGGUUAAGCUGGAGGUCAAUCUGAUGACCCGAGAAGAGCAGAUUCAAGUUGAGGAGAAGAACUCCACUCACAAUUCUGCAGAUCUCUUAUUGACUUCAGGAGAGAAGAAAGCUGCACAGCAUCAGCCAAGCGUAAUGCAGUAUGAAAAGACAGGACACUUCGCCAAGGUUGCCCUGCGUGCUAGCCUUCCAAAGUGGGAGAGGACGGCUCUUCGACAGAUGCAGCUGGCAUUUAGGAAUGAUGUGACAGACAUAAUGCCUUCAGAUAUCUUCAGCAAAGUGCAAAGUAUUGAGACCAUCGUCAGCAUUCCUCAACAAAAUUGUGAUACUCGUCUCAUGCAGAUCGAGGUCUCCUACCUACCCUCCAGCCCACUAAAGAAGAUAACCAUCAGUGCUAAAUCAUCUACGGUCGCAAAGCCGUUGUUAGCACCAGGACACAACAUCAGCCAAAUGCGAGCAGGUCAACUAAGGUUUGACGCAUUCGCCCUAUUUGGGAUCCGGGAUACCAGCUCUAAGCUGGGACUCCUUGCUGAGUCUGCGGCCCUUCAAGGGCGUCCGAGCUCUAUGCGGCUGUUAGUUGAAAAGCAUUGUGCUACGCUCCUUAAACCAGUGUACGUACACGCCGAGCCCCUUCCGACUCUGACCAAGACUAAUUUUAUUGGACCAGCACUACCGCCUCCAAUAGAAAAAGUGAAGAAGGAACGGGCUUCACCGGUUAGGCUGGAGGUCAAUCUGAUGACCCGAGAAGAGCAGGUUCAUGUUGAGGAGAAGAACUCCACUCACAAUUCUGCAGAUCUCGUAUUGACUUCAGGAGAGAAGGAAGCUGCACAGCAUCAGCCAAGCGUAAUGCAGUAUGAAAAGACAGGACACUUCGCCAAAAUUGCCCUGCGUGCUAGCCUUCCUAAGUGGGAGAAGGCGGUUCUUCAACAGAUGCAGCUGGCAUUUAGGGAUGAUGUGGCAGACAUAAUGCCUUCAGAUAUCUUCAGCAAAGUGGAAAGUAUUGAGACCAUCGUCAGCAUCCCUCAGCAAAAUUGUGAUACUCGUCUCAUGCAGAUUGAGGUCUCCUACCUACCCUCCAGCCCACUAAAGAAGAUAACAAUCACUGCUAAAUCAUCUACGGUCGCUAAGCCGUUGUUGGCACCAGGACACGACAUCAGCCAAAUGCAAGCAGGUCAACUACCAAGGUUUGACGCAGUCGCCCUAUUUGGGAUCCCGGAUACCAGCUCGAAGCUGGGACUCCUUGCUGAGUCUGCGGCCCUUCAAGGGCGUCCGAGCUCUAUGCGGCUGUUAGUUGAAAAGCAUUGUGCUAAGCUCCUUAAACCAGUGUACGUACACGCCGAGUCCCUUCCGACUCUGACCAAGACUAAUUUUAUUGGACCAGCACUACCGCCUCCAAUAGAAAAAGUGAAGAAGGAACAGGCUUCACUGGUUAAGCUGGAGGUCAAUCUGAUGACCCGAGAAGAGCAGAUUCAAGUUGAGGAGAAGAACUCCACUCACAAUUCUGCAGAUCUCUUAUUGACUUCAGGAGAGAAGAAAGCUGCACAGCAUCUGCCAAGCGUAAUGCAGUAUGAAAAGACAGGACACUUCGCCAAGGUUGCCCUGCGUGCUAGCCUUCCAAAGUGGGAGAGGACGGCUCUUCGACAGAUGCAGCUGGCAUUUAGGGAUGAUGUGACAGACAUAAUGCCUUCAGAUAUCUUCACCAAAGUGAAAAGUAUUGAGACCAUCGUCAGCAUUCCUCAACAAAAUUGUGAUACUCGUCUCAUGCAGAUCGAGGUCUCCUACCUACCCUCCAGCCCACUAAAGAAGAUAACCAUCAGUGCUAAAUCAUCUACGGUCGCAAAGCCGUUGUUAGCACCAGGACACAACAUCAGCCAAAUGCGAGCAGGUCAACUAAGGUUUGGCGCAUUCGCCCUAUUUGGGAUCCGGGAUACCAGCUCGAAGCUGGGACUCCUUGCUGAGUCUGCGGCCCUUCAAGGGCGUCCGAGCUCUAUGCGGCUGUUAGUUGAAAAGCAUUGUGCUACGCUCCUUAAACCAGUGUACGUACACGCCGAGCCCCUUCCGACUCUGACCAAGACUAAUUUUAUUGGACCAGCACUACCGCCUCCAAUAAAAAAAGUGAAGAAGGAACAGGCUUCACCGGUUAAGCUGGAGGUCAAUCUGAUGACCCGAGAAGAGCAGAUUCAAGUUGAGGAGAAGAACUCCACUCACAAUUCUGCAGAUCUCUUAUUGACUUCAGGAGAGAAGAAAGCUGCACAGCAUCAGCCAAGUGUAAUGCGGUAUGAAAAGACAGGACACUUCGCCGAGAUUGCCCUGCGUGCUAGCCUUCCAAAGUGGGAGAGGGCGGCACUUCGACAGAUGCAGCUGGCAUUUAGGGAUGAUGUGACAGACAUAAUGCCUUCAGAUAUCUUCAGCAAAGUGGAAAGUAUUGAGACCAUCGUCAGCAUCCCUCAGCAAAAUUGUGAUACUCGUCUCAUGCAGAUUGAGGUCUCCUACCUACCCUCCAGCCCACUAAAGAAGAUAACCAUCACUGCUAAAUCAACUACGGUCGCUAAGCCGUUGUUGGCACCAGGACACGACAUCAGCCAAAUGCAAGCAGGUCAACUACCAAGGUUUGACGCAGUCGCCCUAUUUGGGAUCCCGGAUACCAGCUCGAAGCUGGGACUCCUUGCUGAGUCUGCGGCCCUUCAAGGGCGUCCGAGCUCUAUGCGGCUGUUAGUUGAAAAGCAUUGUGCUAAGCUCCUUAAACCAGUGUACGUACACGCCGAGUCCCCUCCGACUCUGACCAAGACUAAUUUUAUUGGACCCGCACUACCUCCUCCAAUAGAAAAAAUGAAGAAGGAACAGGCUUCACCGGUUAAGUUGGAGGUCAAUCUGAUGACCCGAGAAGAGCAGAUUCAAGUUGAGGAGAAGAACUCCACUCACAAUUCUGCAGAUCUCUUAUUGACUUCAGGAGAUAAGGAAGCUGCACAGCAUCAGUCAAGCGUAAUGCAGUAUGAAAAGACAGGACACUUCGCCGAGAUUGCCCUGCGUGCUAGCCUUCCAAAGUGGGAGAGGGCGGCACUUCGACAGAUGCAGCUGGCAUUUAGGGAUGAUGUGACAGACAUAAUGCCUUCAGAUAUCUUCAGCAAAGUGGAAAGUAUUGAGACCAUCGUCAGCAUCCCUCAGCAAAAUUGUGAUACUCGUCUCAUGCAGAUUGAGGUCUCCUACCUACCCUCCAGCCCACUAAAGAAGAUAACCAUCACUGCUAAAUCAACUACGGUCGCUAAGCCGUUGUUGGCACCAGGACACGACAUCAGCCAAAUGCAAGCAGGUCAACUACCAAGGUUUGACGCAGUCGCCCUAUUUGGGUUCCCGGAUACCAGCUCGAAGCUGGGACUCCUUGCUGAGUCUGCGGCCCUUCAAGGGCGUCCGAGCUCUAUGCGGCUGUUAGUUGAAAAGCAUUGUGCUAAGCUCCUUAAACCAGUGUAUGUACACGACGAGUCCCUUCCGACUCUGACCAAGACUAAUUUUAUUGGACCCGCACUACCUCCUCCAAUAGAAAAAGUGAAGAAGGAACAGGCUUCACCGGUUAAGUUGGAGGUCAAUCAGAUGACCCGAGAAGAGCAGAUUCAAGUUGAGGAGAAGAACUCCACUCACAAUUCUGCAGAUCUCUUAUUGACUUCAGGAGAUAAGGAAGCUGCACAGCAUCAGUCAAGCGUAAUGCAGUAUGAAAAGACAGGACACUUCGCCGAGAUUGCCCUGCGUGCUAGCCUUCCAAAGUGGGAGAGGGCGGCACUUCGACAGAUGCAGCUGGCAUUUAGGGAUGAUGUGACAGACAUAAUGCCUUCAGAUAUCUUCAGCAAAGUGGAAAGUAUUGAGACCAUCGUCAGCAUCCCUCAGCAAAAUUGUGAUACUCGUCUCAUGCAGAUUGAGGUCUCCUACCUACCCUCCAGCCCACUAAAGAAGAUAACCAUCACUGCUAAAUCAACUACGGUCGCUAAGCCGUUGUUGGCACCAGGACACGACAUCAGCCAAAUGCAAGCAGGUCAACUACCAAGGUUUGACGCAGUCGCCCUAUUUGGGAUCCCGGAUACCAGCUCGAAGCUGGGACUCCUUGCUGAGUCUGCGGCCCUUCAAGGGCGUCCGAGCUCUAUGCGGCUGUUAGUUGAAAAGCAUUGUGCUAAGCUCCUUAAACCAGUGUAUGUACACGACGAGUCCCUUCCGACUCUGACCAAGACUAAUUUUAUUGGACCCGCACUACCUCCUCCAAUAGAAAAAGUGAAGAAGGAACAGGCUUCACCGGUUAAGUUGGAGGUCAAUCAGAUGACCCGAGAAGAGCAGAUUCAAGUUGAGGAGAAGAACUCCACUCACAAUUCUGCAGAUCUCUUAUUGACUUCAGGAGAUAAGGAAGCUGCACAGCAUCAGUCAAGCGUAAUGCAGUAUGAAAAGACAGGACACUUCGCCGAGAUUGCCCUGCGUGCUAGCCUUCCAAAGUGGGAGAGGGCGGCACUUCGACAGAUGCAGCUGGCAUUUAGGGAUGAUGUGACAGACAUAAUGCCUUCAGAUAUCUUCAGCAAAGUGGAAAGUAUUGAGACCAUCGUCAGCAUCCCUCAGCAAAAUUGUGAUACUCGUCUCAUGCAGAUUGAGGUCUCCUACCUACCCUCCAGCCCACUAAAGAAGAUAACCAUCACUGCUAAAUCAACUACGGUCGCUAAGCCGUUGUUGGCACCAGGACACGACAUCAGCCAAAUGCAAGCAGGUCAACUACCAAGGUUUGACGCAGUCGCCCUAUUUGGGAUCCCGGAUACCAGCUCGAAGCUGGGACUCCUUGCUGAGUCUGCGGCCCUUCAAGGGCGUCCGAGCUCUAUGCGGCUGUUAGUUGAAAAGCAUUGUGCUAAGCUCCUUAAACCAGUGUACGUACACGCCGAGUCCCUUCCGACUCUGACCAAGACUAAUUUUAUUGGACCCGCACUACCUCCUCCAAUAGAAAAAAUGAAGAAGGAACAGGCUUCACCGGUUAAGUUGGAGGUCAAUCUGAUGACCCGAGAAGAGCAGAUUCAAGUUGAGGAGAAGAACUCCACUCACAAUUCUGCAGAUCUCUUAUUGACUUCAGGAGAGAAGAAAGCUACACAGCAUCAGUCAAGCGUAAUGCAGUAUGAAAAGACAGGACACUUCGCCAAGGUUGCCCUGCGUGCUAGCCUUCCAAAGUGGGAGAAGGCGGCUCUUCAACAGAUGCAGCUGGCAUUUAAGGAUGAUGUGACAGACAUAAUGCCUUCAGAUAUCUUCAGCAAAGUGGAAAGUAUUGAGACCAUCGUCAGCAUCCCUCAGCAAAAUUGUGAUACUCGUCUCAUGCAGAUUGAGGUCUCCUACCUACCCUCCAGCCCACUAAAGAAGAUAACCAUCACUGCUAAAUCAACUACGGUCGCUAAGCCGUUGUUGGCACCAGGACACGACAUCAGCCAAAUGCAAGCAGGUCAACUACCAAGGUUUGACGCAGUCGCCCUAUUUGGGAUCCCGGAUACCAGCUCGAAGCUGGGACUGCUUGCCGAGUCUGCGGCCCUUCAAGGGCGUCCAAGCUCUAUGCGGCUGUUAGUUGAAAAGCAUUGUGCUACGCUCCUUAAACCAGUGUACGUACACGCCGAGCCCCUUCCGACUCUGACCAAGACUAAUUUUAUUGGACCAGCACUACCGCCUCCAAUGAAAAAAGUAAAGAAGGAACGGGAUUCACCGGUUAAGCUGGAGGUCAAUCUGAUGACCCGAGAAGAGCAGAUUCAAGUUGAGGAGCAGACCUCCACUCACAAUUCUGCAGAUCUCGUAUUGACUUCAGGAGAGAAGGAAGCUGCACAGCAUCAGUCAAGCGUAAUGCAGUAUGAAAAGUCAGGACACUUUGCCAAGGUUGCCCUGCGUGCUAGCUCUCCAAAGUGGGAGAAGGCGGCUCUUCGACAGAUGCAGCUCGCGUUCAGGGACGAGGUCAAAGCUUUGUGGCCUUUAGAUAUCUUCACCAAAGUGGAAAGUAUCCACAGCUCCACGGCACAGCAAAAUUGUGAUACUCGUCUCAUAAAGAUUGUGGUAACAUACCUGCCCUUUUGUCCUUGGAAUCAGAUUUUCAGCACUGCCCAAUCAGCUCUCGUUAUCAAAGCUUCCACAGAAGAAGAUCCGAAGCUGUCCGCCUUUGAGAUCAGUAGUCCAAAUAGUAGAAACCAACCAACAAACUACCCACAACAACUUGACGCCAUAACAACGUCAUUACAAAAUUCGUUUUGUACCUUGACAGCCACAGAUAACGAAGCUUGCCUUCCAUGUAAAAUCGUUAAGCAAGAACAAAACUUCAGAUCUCACAUUCUACCAGAUAGAUAUUUAAUCGCUCAACCAACGAUCUUUACUUCUUUUUCCCGUCAUCAAGCAACUGAACAGGUAAACAAGUCAGAAGACUUUAGCAAAGCCUGUUAUACCGCUAAUUACGAGAAUGUAGCAUUAAUGCAUCUUAAAGAGGAGAUUGAAAACAUCAGAAAUGACCACAAUAGAGGAUUUUUAACCGGAUCAGUGCAGCAGCUCCAGGUAGUGUGUUCCACUACUGGGAAGGAAUUGUUUGUUCAAGAAGAAACCACCCCAGUGCAACAGCUGGAUGCUGGUCAGUUCCUUCCCCUUUGCCUGAAAGAAAAGACCAAGGAUCCUACACAUGAAGAGCUUGGAGACGAACUGUUGUAUGAAGACAAAACCACCCCAGCGAAACAGCUGGAUGCUGGUCAGUUCCUUCCCCUUUGCCUGAAAGAAAAGACCAAGGAUCCUACACAUGAAGAGCUUGGAGACGAAUUGUUGUAUGAAGACAAAACCACCCCAGCGAAACAGCUGGAUGCUGGUCAGUUUCUUCCCCUUUGCCUGAAAGAAAAGACCAAGGAUCCUACACAUGAAGAGCUUGGAGACGAAUUGUUGUAUGAAGACAAAACCACCCCAGCGAAACAGCUGGAUGCUGGUCAGUUCCUUCCCCUUUGCCUGAAAGAAAAGACCAAGGAUCCUACACAUGAAGAGCUUGGAGACGAAUUGUUGUAUGAAGACAAAACCACCCCAGCGAAACAGCUGGAUGCUGGUCAGUUCCUUCCCCUUUGCCUGAAAGAAAAGACCAAGGAUCCUACACAUAAAGAGCUUGGAGACGAAUUGUUGUAUGAAGACAAAACCACCCCAGCGAAACAGCUGGAUGAAGGGCAAUACACUCCUCCUCCUCAUGACGAAGGUAAAGAAUCAGCAGAUCCUAAAGAAUUCAUUUCUCCUUUUCAUGAGAAAAAGGCAAAGGAGUUGCCAGCUGUCGAGAGAGAUGCGUCGGAAAUGGAGAAAGAGAUAACGGGAGACGUUAGUGCUGCAUUGGCAAUAAGCCCUGAUGUUAUUCAGGAGUCAUUAAAAGACACCAAAGAUGGAAAAGACAUGUCUGAAAAAGAUCAAGAUACAGGAAAAGAGUCAGCUCCUAACCCUUGCCGAAGACAGGGUAAAAGACGAAAGUCUAAGCGACCAAGUGCGAAAAAAGAGGCUAAAGCUUCGUCAGCAACGAAUGAUCAAAAACAGGCAGGGAAGGCGGGUCUUUCGGUAAAAGGUGAAAGUUCUAGGCUUUAUACUAAAGAUAUGAAAACCGGCAAUGACGACCUAAUUGCUAUUGACCAUCGAAAGGCAGACUCAGAAGAUCCUGAAAAGGCUUGCGGACAGCAGACGAAUGCACAUACGCCGUCACUUGUCAAGAAACCAGUAGGAGAAAUGAGCGAUGGACACAAUAAGAUCAGUCCCAAAUCAAAACAGAAAAAGAAUAAAGGCAAAAAGGCUGCUGAGCCUUUAUCAGUCUUUGGGACGCAAAUCGUUGUUCGGACAGGAAGAAAAGUUGAGGCAAAGGAGACGUCGGCAAUCGAAAGUCACAGGCAAAAUAGAAAGAACGUGGGCAUUAGUUGUAAAACAAAGAAACUUGAUGAGCCAAAGGUCGACCAAGAAAAGCAAGAAAAGACCAUGAUAAAAACAAAGCUAGAGGGCAACGAACCACCCAAACCUGUGAAAGGUAAACAAAAAGAUGCAAAGCAGACACGGGAGGGGCCUGUGGCAUCGUCACGUGACGGGCCUGGUGUACAGUCACGUGACGAUGUCCUUGUCAUCAGCACCCAUAACGGAACCGCACGACCUACCACCAAAGAUGUUGGUGGGCACGACACACCUAUGAGUACGGGUCUCACUAGAGAGGGGAGGAAAAAGACCAACUCCAGCAAUGCCAACCUUUCUAAAGGCAAUGCCGUUCGUGGGAACACGAGGGCAUCAGACUCGUACCAGCCCGCCAAGAGGACUACGUACUCGACCGCAGCACACGCGGGAAGUAUCGCGGGCGGCAACAAUCGUAGAGGGUCACACCAAAAAAAGACCUAUCGAGACCAGGCUCAACAUGAACACGGAGCAAGAGCAAGAGAUGGCAUCCAGACAAGUGAGCACCGGAUGCAGAGCUCGCGUCUUAUCGCCAAAGGCCAAAUGCAUCAAAGCAACGAAGCCCUCUCCUGUCCCGGAGCACAGUGCUGCUCAAUCGCCAUGUGCGCUAUCAUCAGAGCGACUGGGAAGCAUCCAUUACGCUGGACGUCAGAUGAUAUUGACGACGUCAUUAUCGCCGGAGAUGCAAAGCACCGUGAGGCUCAGAGAGCGAUGAACCUCCCGAAGACCGCAUACCUACACAUUGACGAGCUAAAGACAGACGUUCGAGUGUGGGGAAGACAGUUUACGAUCAAGAAGAGCGAUGUACUUGCUGGGAACAUCACAAACGAGGGCGUGAACAAGGAAGACCCUUUCCCCAGUAUAGAAACUAAUAUAGGAUCUCUACCGGAAUACAAUAUGUAUAUCUUGAGGUACCUCCUAUAUACCAUAGCUCUCUUCAGAACUCCAUCCAGUUGGAUCUUAUUUGACUCGCACAGUCGGGACAAUCAAGGCUUUCUAAUUGCAGAUGGGAGAUCGGUGCUACUUGAAUUCAAGGACAUCAAUAGCGUUGCUAAAUACCUUAAGCGCUUCGUAAGCUGCAACGGCUCAAGUGACCCAUUAAAUGCUCGCCUGCUUGCUGAUUGGGAGAUGAGCUACGAGUUAGCAGGCGUGCAGGUGGCACUUAAUAACUGAGCCCAAGACAUGUAGGCGUAAAGGAUGUUUUAUUGAACUUUCUUUCUUUGAUUUACGCAUUAUUGAGGAGAAUGCUGAUCAUUGUUAAGAAUUUGUACAUAUCUAUAAAGUAUUAUAUUAAAAUUUCAUCUUUUCUAAA